UAUUGCAUGUGUAUGGAUUUUUUUGUGUGUAGCUCUAAUGAUGAGAGACACUUCAGUAACAUAUCAUGAAGAUUGUGAUGACCUCGACACCAGAGACAACACUGCCUUCUGGAGGAAAGAUGGCUUUAGUGUGAUGGCAGCUUCCCCUAAUCGCUCUCGAUGGUGUGUGAGUGUGUUCACUAUUUUGGCUAUUCUGCUUUUGGCAAUCAUCAUCUCCAUCUCUCUAACCAAGACGCAUGUGGACAGGAGGAUCUCAGCUACAGAAAGUGAUGUGAAGAAUUUGAGUCAGUCUUUAGUGUCACUUAUAAACAAGGUCCAGCAGCUGGAAAACCAUGGAGCUGAGGUUGUACGGAGUGUUAAUAAGGUUAGACUUAGCUUGUCCAGUCUGCAAACUCAGGCCCAAAACUUCUUCACUAAGUUGGACAACAUGCAGGAAACUGUGACUCAUCUGAAAUGUCGCUUCGACACUCUCCAAAACAACAACACCCAGCAUCAGUGUUGUCCAGCAGAUUGGACGCUUUUCUUUUCACAAUGUUAUUAUUUUUCUGAUUAUGGAAAGUCAUGGAAUGAAGCUCGAGAUGUGUGUGUGAACAUGAAAGCAGAACUUCUGAUCCUGAAGAGCAAAACGGAGAAGGAGUUUGUGAUAAAGUACACCAGGCCUUUUUAUUACUGGCUUGGUCUCAGUGAUGAGAGAACAGGAGAGUGGGAGUGGCUAGAUGGAACACGGUACCAGAUGGACAGCAGUGAAUGGAUGCCUGGUCAGCCUGAUAACUGGCGCUUACAUGGUUUGGGUGGAGGAGAAGACUGUGCUCACUUCCACAGUGAUGGACGAUAUAAUGAUGAUCAUUGCUCCCGAAAUUACCGUUUCGUCUGUAAAUCACAUGCAAACACAUUGUGAUAAUAAGAGUCACAACACAGUCGUUCACUAUGAAUAGCAAUUAGCUAAGGCUAAAAGUUAAUAAAAACCGCUGAUAUAAAAUUUUACUGCAGUUCCACAAUUGAUUGCAGUAAGACCAAGGUUUUGAUUUACUUUAAAAUCAGAUUCAUUGGUGAUUGGUCUGCCAAAUGCUGUAAAUGUAAAUGCGAUUGUGUUAAUGUUUUAAAAAUUCAUUUUGAAAUAUGGUUCUAUUCUUUAUGCUUAUCAUGUCAGCAUUCAAAUUAAUUGUACAAAAUUGUGUAUAUCACAGAAGGCUAAAUACUAGUUUGUUCAAGACGCUCCUACUUUUCAGCUUCAUUUCUGGAUAGAGAGAGACAUGUCUUUCAUGAUUUCUGCCUCAUUAUUUCUGAUGAAGAAAUUGUCUGUGUGUAAAUGAAUAUCUUCAGCUUAAUAAACGAACCUGAUGGAUAUGUUCAA